UCACGCAGAGACAUCACUACUCGCCCGCGUGGACAUUUCCCAGCAGUAAAAAAAUCAUUUCAAUAAUGAAUUAAUAAAGCCUGAAAAAAGUAACGCGGAGUUGUCACCGAAAGUUUCUUCAAAAAUCCAGAAACUUCUACCAAACAGAACCGCUACGAAAAAUAACUACUGGUUGUUUUAUUGCAGCAUAUAAAUUUAUUUUAUUGGGCAAACGUAGAAUUUCAAUACAUUCUUCUGCAUAUAAAGCUCAGAGAUUUCCCUGACGAGUGGAUAUAAAAAUGGAAUACGGCGAUAGACACUACAGAGAGUUGUGCUCCUCUGAGACUUUGCGCUCCGGUUCCAAAGGCUUCUUUCGAGACUUUGCAGAGGCAGUGGUGAAUAAAGUGGGAAACACUUGGAUAUCUGAAGUGUUUGGUAAACUUUUAACUGACGAUGAGCGCAUGCGGGUGAUAUUUGGUGAUUCGAGUGUCAAGGAGGCCGUUGUAGAGCCGCUGGAUCGUGUCAGGCACAUCUACAGGGAUAAAGACGCGAAAAUUUCGAGGGCCAGGCGGAUCGAGGGCCUGAAAUGUCUCAGGUCUGGAGAUACCAAUAAAGCUCUCGUACUUCUCAGUCAGGCUGUCCUUCGUGCACCGCUCACAGGCCGGGUAAAGGCAAUCGAUGAUGGGUACAGCUUAGCACUGGCUCUGAUGACUCGAGCUGAUGUGCUAAUUGCUCUUGAAGAGGUUGCAACAGCUGUUGAGGAUUUGACUGCAGCCGCCCACGAAGAGGUGCCCCAUGAUCUCAGCGUCGAGAUUGAUUUGAAAUUGAGGGAAUGUCGAAAACGUCUUGAAGAGACCCGUGGGGCAGUGGAAAUAGCAAGAUCCACCAGGAGAAAUCAUUAUUGCAAGCCGAUUCCACCGGCACUAACCGGGGGUCCACAUUCGGUUUUUCCGGGGUUAUCACGACUGGUGGAUAUCCGUGAAUCACCGGAUGUCGGAAAACAUGCGGUGGCAUCAGGUGAUGUACGAGUUGGAGAUACUCUUGCAACCGAGGUGCCAUUAGCUUCCUGUCUUUUGCCGGAUUAUUACGGAACUCACUGUCACCACUGCUUCGUCAGGCUCCGGGCGCCCAUGGGCUGUCCGCACUGCAGCACCGUUGCAUUUUGUGGAAGGACCUGCAGGGACAUCGCUCUGAACAGUUAUCACAAGUACGAGUGCAAAGUUCUUGUUCUACUCAUAGGUUCUGGGAUGAGUAUCCUCAGUGCAUUGGCCCUUCGUAUGGUAACCCAGGUAGACCUUCAAACUUGUCGGAAACUUCACCACAAAUGCAACGAGUUGUUGGAAUUGAAAACCGAGGGGAAAGCUCCAAAAUGUCAGAGCGAGGCCCCAAUAAAGCUCGAGGGCAGUGCGAGUAAAUCCGCUAAACGGCGCCAGAGAAAGAAAAAACUCCUGGAGAAUUUGCAAAUGAAGAGCCCAGAAGUAGAUUUCCGGGCCUACGAACUCGUUACCCAUGAGUCACUCAGAUCGGCUAUUGAUUUCUUCGAGAGAGCACUCAUGGCUGUAUUUUUGCUCAAGUGUCUCACAACUGUUGACUACUUCGAAAGCAGCCGGAGAACCCUAGACUCACCAACUGAUGAUGAAAUAACAACAGGAUCGCUUCUGCUGCGUAAUCUCCAACUACUCCAGUUUAAUGCUCAUGAAAUUUUUGAGACUCGCAGUAGUAAUGAACAUCGCUUUCGCAGCAACAAAACCGUCUACCUUGGAAUAGCUAUUUACCCGAGCGUGGCUCGUUUUAAUCACGAUUGUUAUCCCGCUGUCACAAGGUACUUUGCUGGUCGGGACAUUGUGAUAAGAGCGACUCGACCUUUGAAACCUGGAGAAGUUGUUGCUGAGAAUUACGGGCCAAUUUUUACCAAGAGAAACCUCAAAGAACGCCAAAGGGUUCUCAAUGGGCGGUACUGGUUCAAGUGUACUUGCAGAGCUUGCACUCAGGAUUGGCCGGACUUUGAUGGACUCAUUGAUUACUCUCCACGAUUCAGAUGCACCACUGAAGGCUGCAGAGGAUCACUCCCACGAUCUAAAUUAGGGAAUACCAUCGCCAAGUGUACGACAUGUCAACGGAAAAUAAAUCUGAAGGAACGCAUUGCGGGACUGGAGGAGUGCGAGGAAAAAUACAGGAGUUGCUUCAUUAGUAUGGAGGAGGAAAAGUCCGAUGCGGCUUUACGUCAAGUAACGAAUGCACUUCAACAAUUUCAUGUGGAUAUCAUGGCACCUCACAGGGAUACGCAUUUGGCAGAGAUAGCAUUGGCUACUUGCAUGGCAGAAAAUGGAAAUGUUUGGAUAUUUUGCAACGAGUGACAGAAAUUUCCCUUUCGACGGGAAAUUCAACAUCUUUUUAAAAUUAAAAUUCCCUUCUUCUAUUAAGAAAAAAACAAAAGUUGUAAAGGAUUAAUGGGAAAAGGAAAGAAAACGUUCAUCCUGACUUUUCCGUGCAAGUUUUCAGUUUAUUAAUCCCUCGAUCAUGGGUUUGAAUUUUUUAAUUUAUUAUCAGUUUAAAUACAAUUUUUUUACGAGUUUCGACGGGAUCUUCAAAGUUCCUGGCAACGGUUGCUGUCGGCUAUUUAAAGGGAAUUAACGCAUUCGUAUGGAUAUUUCAUAUUCGUGGGGGAAGGGAUUCCAGUGAAACUGAAGGUUUUCAUGAUCAAACGGGAUUUUUUCUGGAAUUAGUUAUAGCCGGGGGAUAUAUCUUUCAAGUGUCAAGAACGCUUUGAGUUUAUCUUCAUUUUUUUUUAUAGAAAAAAUUAUGGAGCGCAAUUUAAUCAAUUAUUUUCAUUAAUAGAAUUCCAUCGACGGCAUUUCCAAACAAUAUCGAUAAUAAUUCGAUGACUUUCUAUUUAAUCCAACAAAAAUGGCAACGACAACAACGAGAGUCAUUAAUUAAUUCCAUAAAUUCAUUAUCACUGAGAGAACUCGAUUUUUUUUUGUUGUAAUUUCUUACAUUCUCAAUAUGAAUGUCAAUAGACGAUUUAAUUAUUAAAUUGUGUUGACAGAAUUUCCGCAAUGAGGGAUAAAAAAAAAAUUGGAGGAACAUAUUUUUUUUAAUUAUUUAAAAACCAUCGGUGCGAA